AUGGGGCGCAGAACCCAGAAAAUUCAGGCUGGCCCCAGCAAAGACCCCCAAGAUAUGGGGGAGAUGUUACAACGCCCAAUGGCAUCCAAGAUGGCGGCCCUGCCGGACACUGGCGUGCAAAGAGCGAAACCUCCAACCAACAUACUCACAACCGGUGGCGCUGAUACUCCCACGACUUUCUUGGAGGCACUGACAGAACAAGACCCACAAGCCCCCGCCACUAAACAAGACACCGCCAGCCUCUUAUGGGAACUGCGACAAAUGUCAGCGGCCGAUAUAGACAUGGUCCGCACCGAUGUGAAGGCGGUGGAAGCUCGCACGCAAGCCACAGAGAACACAGUUCUGGAGCUCCAAUGA